AUGCAGCUGCUCGAUGCCCAGGCCCGCAUCGCCGAGCUCGAAACCCACGUCUUCCAGCUGAACCAAAAGGCCACCGCCGCCGUCGACCGCUGGGCCGAGUACGAGGCCGAGCUGUCCAAGCUGCGGGCCAGGCUCUCCUCGUCGCCCGAGCCCGCGACGAUGACGACCCAGAGCCCUACCCGCUCGUCCUUCUUCCAGGCCGGCGCCACGAGGAUCUCCGCCCUCAUGUACUCGCGCCGAUCGCAGCCCGCCAGCCCUCCUGCGUCUAACAAGCCCUUGCCGCCUGUGACGCCGCCGCCUACCGACUCCAGCAGUCCGUCAAGGACCCCCGGCCGCAGGGAAGAAGAUCUGCUCGAGGCCCUCAACAAGGAACAGAUGCUGCGGAGGGCUGCGGAGGGCCGGCUCAACGCCACGAACAAGGAGGUUGAGGAGCUCAGCGUGACGCUCUUCGAGCAGGCGAACGAGAUGGUGGCCACGGAGCGCCGCGCUCGGGCAGCUCUGGAGCAGCGGAUAUCUGAGUUGGAAAAGCGAGACGUGGAGAAGAAGCAGCGGCUGGACAAGCUGGAAUUGGCCAUGAACCGCAUCGAGAAGGUCAAGACGCUGCUGCUGGAGGGCUACGACGCCGCGGCUCUGUCACUUGCGUCUGAAAAGAUUGAAUGA